AUGGAUCUCCGAGCGAGGGCUGUUCCCAGCGUCAACAGACUUCGAGUUCUCCUGAUGCUGUUCCACGCAGUGGCUCAAAUCAUGGCAGAACAAGAAGUGGAAAAUCUCUCAGGCCUUUCCGCUAACCCUGAAAAAGAUAUAUUUGUGGUGCGGGAAAAUGGGACGACGUGUCUCAUGGCAGAGUUUGCAGCCAAAUUUAUUGUACCUUAUGAUGUGUGGGCCACCAAUUAUGUCGAUCUGAUCACCGAGCAGGCUGACAUCGCGUUGACCCGCGGGGCUGAAGUGAAGGGCCGCUGUGGCCACAACGAGUCGGAGCUGCAGGUGUUCUGGGUGGAUCGUGCGUACGCACUCAAAAUGCUCUUUGUGAAGGAAAGCCACAACACGUCCAAGGGACCGGAGGCGACGUGGAGGCUGAGCAAGGUGCAGUUCGUCUACGACUCCUCUGAGAAGACCCAUUUUAAAGACGCAGUCAGUCCUGGGAAGCACACGGCCAACUCGCACCACCUCUCUGCCUUGGUCACCCCAGUUGGGAGGUCCUACGAGUGUCAAGCCCAGCAGACCAUUUCGCUGGACUCCAGCGACCCACAGAAGACGGUCACCAUGAUCCUGUCUGCGGUCCACAUCCAGCCUUUUGACAUCAUCUCAGAUUUUGUCUUCAGUGAAGAGCAUAAAUGCCCAGUGGAUGAGCGGGAGCAGCUGGAGGAGACCUUGCCCCUGAUUUUGGGGCUCAUCUUGGGUCUGGUCAUCGUUGUGACGCUCGUUAUUUACCACAUCCACCACAAAAUGACUGCCAACCAGGUGCAGAUCCCUAGGGACCGAUCACAAUACAAGCACAUGGGCUAGGAACCAUUAGGCAAGCAGUCCUCAACCCCUCCUUCCCCCAACUGGAUCAGGUAGACAAACAAAAGCACUUUUCCACCUCGUACAUGAGGAUACACCAACAUAGCUACAAUCAAAUAGGCCUGGGUAUUCGAGGCUUGCUCAGCCUACAUCCGUGCUUAAACCCAGGGAUGGGGGGAUUCUUUUGGACUCAUGGGAUGAAUGGUAGUUGCUUUCUCUCCAUGCUGGGGGAGGAGAAGGAGGAAGUCAGUUAGUUUUCAUGCUCAUGGAGGUUGGGCUUUGACUUUUCAACGGGCAACACACACAAUUUGGAGGGGUAUCUGGAUUGGGAGUUUAGGGAUUGAAAACACACUUCUUUGGGGAGGAAACCCCUGUAGGUUCAGAGGCAGAGGAGGUGCUUUUCUCCCUUGGACAUGGCUGGCUUGCCCUACACACCUGUCAGCGCACACACAAUACAGCCUCACGCUCCCUGCAGCAAGACCCCCGAGAGUGACCCAUGCUUCUGGCUGGCGUUCCGCAUGUCUAGUGAUUGUUUGGGGAAUGUCUCACCGCUCUCUGCACUCAGUGACUCUGCAGCACAAGAGCCUGUUUAAUGUAACUAUGCAGACUUAUCUGGACUUCAAAAUGUGUCAGGUCCAGGUAAGGGGACCUGAAAAAUCAAUUCAUGUGAGUUUGUUUUUCCAAAUGAAUUAAAGUCCACUACUGUCUGACCUUUGGCUUGCUUUCUUGAAAGAA